AUGCCGUGGCCUUUCCAGGAGUGGUUUCCAAAAUUAACGAUGAAUAAAAAUAUUUUCAUCUCAAUCAAUAGUUUGCAAAACUUUCUAAAUAGCACUGACCUAAAAUCACUUUUAGAUAACGAAAAGAUUAUAAAUUUGUUGUGCACUGAAGAUAGAAACUAUCUGCAAUCCUUACUACCUCUGCAUGAUCACCUCAGCAGUAGCAAAAAUUCAAAAUCAGACAGCCUAAAUAAUGUCUUUAUGAAUGCAGCCUGUCAGAGAUGGAUGAAAAAGUUGAAGGAAGUACUAAAGAAAGAGCACACUUCCAUCAAACCUUUCAUGGAGCCAAAGGUCAACAAACCAAAUGGGGUGCACAAUGUCUAUCAGAAACAUUACCUAACCUCAAGACAUCACAAACCACCUAGCAGAUACAACAACUGCCAUGUGGUUAACAACAAAAACGUUUCUUCUAUAGGCAACGUUACCAGCGUGAAAAAUAAUUUUAUGAUGUCACCGUCAGCUGGUGCCACUGCUUGUGCUGCUGCAUUUACAUCUCUAAGGACAACAGUUGCAUCAAUUACAGCUGCUAUGACACUCAACAACUACAAUUAUCUUGUCACCAACAUCAAUCACCGCUAUGAUUUCACCUACAAAAUCGACAACCAUAAUGACAGCAUCAACAUCAACAACAACAACAACAACAAUGGUGAUGUCACCAUCAAAAAGAAAAACAAUAAUGACAUCAUCAGCGACACACACAAUGACAUCAUCAGCGACAGCAACGUCAACAAAUACAACAUUGUCGCAGCCAUCAAAUUCAUCGGUGCAGUUUAUUAA